AUGAAUUUUCUUAUUUCAGAGAUUCUGUUAAAAGAAGGACAAAUAACAGAUGUAAGCCUGUAUGAUGAUGUGACUACUGUUGUCCACAUAUUAGAUAACUCUGUGAAAGACAUUAACUAUAUAGUAUUAGAGAUACAUUCUCAAGUUUAUAACGUAACUGUGUCAAUGGUACCUGAUUUUAAACUGUAUGAUGAGACUGUCAGUGGUAGAGAUAUUGGUAUUAUAACAAAGUACCCCAAAGCUCCUGCUGUCCACUGGUUUGUUAAUACAUCUAGUAUUCAAGUUGUACAAUCUUUAAUGUUAAUUACUUAUAUCAAACAGAAUGAACCUAUACCAGGAGGAUGCAAUCAAAUAAUGAACUUAGAAAAUGAUGCUAAUCUUCUACUGUCUUAUACUAAAUAUUGGACUGCAGUACAUUACCAAUGGUCAAAUACAGCUAUUGAAAAUGAUUGUGAAAGCUCUGAGACACAGAAACUUCUAGAAUAUGAUGUUUAUGUGUAUUUUUUAAAAGAAGCCAGUUUAGGGGGAGAAUAUUACAAGAAAGGCAUAAAAAACAUGAUGGGCAAAGAAAAUAUUAUGAAAAAUGGUAGAAAGUUAUUAACUAUGACCAAUGAUAUGAGGACAGUAUCUAAUUUUUCAAUGUCCAGUAUCAAUGGACAAGGUGUAAUAUAUAGUAUAAUAGUAAGGCAGACUAAUUUUGGUACCUCAUCAAGUUAUAUUAGUAUGGUUUCUUAUGGCUGUGAUUUACUUAAACAAACCUGUGAUAUUAAAAUUGAUAAAUCUGAAUAUGUUAUCGGGGCAUUAAGUGCUAUUAUUGGUUUAGGUUUAUGUUUCUGUGGACAUCGCUUUUUCAAAACAGAAUUGUUUAUAUUUGGAUUCCUGACAUUUAGUAUUAUAUUUUUUCUCAUAUUUUCAAUAUACACAAAUUAUAUUAAUACUGAUGUGUUAAUACCACUAGGAUGUUCAUGUGGUAUUAUAGGAGGGUUACUAGCUGUAUUGUUUUGGUGGUAUUUUGGUAUACCAGUAUUAUCUGUAUUAUUUGUUGGACUAGUUGGUGGCUAUCUAUUCUCAGCUAUCAUAUUUUUUACUCCCUUUGGGAAUUUGAGUUAUUGGCAUACCGAAUUUAACUAUUGGAUGACAUUUGUUUGUGGCUUAUUAUUGUAUACAUUGGUACUUCUGUGUUUUACUAAAACGUUAAAUAUUGUAACCUGUGCUUUUGUUGGAUCUUACUUGUUAUGUUUAUUUCUGGACAUAUUACUUAAGACAACACUGAAGUUAAUAUUGUUAAAUAAUUUUAAUAAAGCUAUAAUCAAAGAUUAUUUAAUGGUUCAUAUUGUAACACCAUUUCAGCUCAAUGAUAUUAUACUAGUGUCAACUUGGUUAAUAUUGAUGAUAGUUGGUAUAACUGUUCAGUUCAAACAAUCUAAAGGUUAUCCCCCCUUUCCACCAUGUCCUAGAAUAUUAAGGAGAAGAAGAUUAGAACAGGAAGUUAAUAGAUUGAGAACUAUGGAGCAAUAUAAUAAUGAACGAACACCAUUAAUAUCUGGUAAUGAUCAACCACCCUCUUAUACACAAAUAGCUAGUGCACCACAAAGACAAGAGCUAUACCAACCAACAUAA